AUGGCUGUCAAGGUGACGGCGCAGGGCGUCGAUCUGACCAAGUACCCACUGAGUGGCGGCGAAAACUUGCUGUGCUCCUUGGCUGCCUCCUGUGUGGCGGAGGCCGUGACCUAUCCUUUUGAGGUGGCCAAAGUGCGGCUCCAAAUUCAGGGCAGCCGCGCUCUUCUACCUGUCAAGUUCACUGGCAUGUUUGACUCCAUGAUCAAGGUGGGGCGAAAUGAGGGCUUGAUGGCGCUCAUGGCGGGUCUGCCAUCCGGAUUAUUGCGGCACAGCAUUGCGGGGACCAUGCGCUUGGGCCUCUAUGAUCCGACCAUCAGCUAUCUGAACUAUGGCACUUUUGAAAAGCCCACAGAUCCAAGCGAGCUCAAGGAGGUCCAGCUGUGGCAGCGCAUGCUGGCCUCCUCCUCGACUGGGGCGGUGGCCAUGGUGUUUGCCAACCCGGCUGAUCUGGUCAAAACCAAGCUGCAAGCCUCCAUCAAGCCUGCACCGGGUCAGAAGGUACCCUUCAAGGGCACUGUCAGUUGCUUCAAGUACAUCAUGGCCACGGAGGGCGUUGCGGGUCUCUUCCACGGCCUCAAGAUUGCCGUGCCACGUAUGGCCUGGCAAAACAUGGCCGAGGUUACGGCCUAUGAUCUCACCAAAGAUCUCUUGCGCAAGCAUUAUGGCAUGGAAGAUGGGCUUCCGCUCUUCUUCCUCGGUUCCUUGAGUGCCGGCUUCUUUGGUGCCUAUUUGGGCAACCCCCUCGACUGCAUCAAGACGCGCAUUUAUCGCAAUGAGCUCGGCCCCGAUGGCAAGCCUCUCUAUAGCGGACCGAUUGACGCCUUGACCAAGAUGAUUCGGAAUGAAGGGGUCCUCAGCCUGUGGAAGGGUGUUGUGCCGCUCUGGAUUCAUGUGUCUGCCUUUAGUGUUGCUGUCUUUGUGACCUUUGACAUGUUGCGUCUGCAAGUGCGCAAAUCCAAGGCGCGCCAGGACGGGCAUGACAUCUAG